UGCUGGAUCUGAGAUGUGCAGUGGGAUGGAUCUGCAGAUCAUUCUGCUGGCACUAACAGUCCUCUGGGCUGCAGCACAGACUCCACCAUGCAGAAUACUGGGGAGGGCAGCCAAGCCCAGCUUCUAUCAACAUGGAGACAUCAACAUCGGUGGAGUCUUCACUUUGUACGAUAUUCCUUUGGACACAACCAUCAAAUUUAAUGCCAAACCAGAACCGCUGAGAUGCUCUCGAGUUGACUUAAGAGAAUUCCGGGUGGCCCAGACGAUGAUCUUCACCAUUGAAGAAAUAAACAACAGAACUGACAUCCUCCCAGGAGUAUCUCUUGGAUAUAAAAUAUAUGACACCUGCGACUCUGCAGCAAUUUCUAUACAAGCAGCCAUGGCUCUGAUGAACGGUUAUGAGGACACACUGACCGACACAUCUUGCUCCACACCAGCCGUAGUUCAGGCUAUCAUUGGAGACUCAGUAUCUACAAACACUAUGGCAAUUGCUGCAACAGUAGGAUUAUUUCAAAUUCCAGUGAUCAGUCACUUUGCUACAUGCGCAUGCUUGAGCAACAGAAAAGAAUUUCCCACAUUCUUCAGAACCAUUCCCAGUGACUAUUACCAGAGCAGAGCACUGGCUCAGCUGGUGAAGCACUUUGGCUGGACCUGGAUAGGAACAGUGAGAAGUGACAGUGACUAUGGCAACAAUGGGAUGGCCACGUUUAUAAAAGCUGCUCAACAAGAAGGCAUCUGCAUUGAGUAUUCAGAGAAAUUUUACAGGACAGAAUCAGAUAAAUUAUUGAAGGUUGUUGAUGUUAUCAAAAGAGGUACUGCAAAGGUAAUUGUAGCAUUUCUUGGUCAGGGUGAAAUGGACAAGUUACUGGAGCAGCUGACGCUUCAGAAUAUUACAGGUCUCCAAAUGGUUGGCAGUGAAGGCUGGAUAACAGCAAGCAGUGCAGUAACACCUACAAGUUUCAGAAUACUGGGAGGGUCUAUUGGCUUUGCUGUCCCCAAAGGCAAAAUACAUGGCUUUAAAGAGUUUUUGUUGAAACUUCACCCAUCCCAAUACCCAAAUAAUACUGUUGUCAUAGACUUUUGGGAAAAUGCAUUUCAAUGUUCCCUCACAAAUGAAAACAAUCUACCUCAAAUGAAUCCCUGCAAGGGAUCUGAGAGUUUAACCGAACUUGAAAACGAAUACACUGAUAUAUCAGAGCUGAGAAUCUCCAGCAAUGUUUACAAAGCAAUAUACGCUAUUGCUCAUUCUCUGCAUGGUCUAUCGGCAUGUACACCCCAUCAAGGCUGCAGGGUGAAAACAGAGCCCUGGCAGGUACUUACAGCCCUGAAAGAAGUCAAUUUUACUUUGGGAACAGGAGAGAAAGUCUCUUUUGACAAUAACGGAGACCCAGUGGCCAGAUAUGAAGUGGUGAACUGGCAGCUUGGUCCUGAUGGUGCAGUAAAGUUCAGAGUGGUCGGCCACUAUGAUGCCUCUUUACCACCUGGGCAGCAGUUUGUGAUGAGCCCUGUUACUAUGAUUUGGGCAGGUGGGCAAAAACAGAAACCCAGGUCAGUGUGCAGUGAGAGCUGUCCCCCAGGCACCCGAAAGGCUGUGCAGAGAGGAAGGCCUGUCUGCUGCUAUGACUGUGUGCCCUGUGCUGAGGGAGAAAUCAGCAAUGUCACAGAUUCUAAUGACUGUAUUCAGUGUACGGAAGAAUACUGGCCUAAUGCUAAGAGAGAUCAAUGUGUUUCAAAGUUUGUCGAAUUUCUGUCAUUUCACGAAAUUAUGGGAAUCGUGCUUGUUAUUUUUUCCAUAUUUGGAGCAUGUGUAACUGUACUUGUGGCUGUGCUGUUCUUUAUAAAGAAGGACACACCCAUUGUGAAAUCCAACAACUCAGAGCUGAGCUUCUUGCUGCUCUUUUCAUUGAAACUGUGUUUCCUUUGCUCUCUUACCUUCAUCGGCCGGCCCUCUGAGUGGUCCUGUAUGCUGCGCCACACUGCGUUUGGGAUCACCUUUGUCCUCUGCAUCUCCUGUGUUCUGGGGAAAACAAUAGUGGUGUUAAUGGCCUUCAGGGCUACACUUCCAGGUAGUAAUGUCAUGAAGUGGUUUGGGCCUCUGCAGCAGAGACUGAGUGUUCUUGCUUUCACUCUCAUACAGGUCCUUAUUUGUGUGCUUUGGUUAACAAUAUCCCCUCCUCUCCCCAACAAGAACAUGAAGCACUACAAAGAAAAGAUCAUUCUAGAAUGUGAUGUAGGAUCAGCAGUGGGGUUUUGGGCUGUACUGGGUUAUAUUGGACUCCUCUCUCUACUGUGCUUUGUUUUAGCUUUUCUGGCUCGUAAGCUGCCCGACAACUUCAACGAAGCCAAGUACAUCACAUUCAGCAUGCUCAUAUUCUGUGCAGUCUGGAUCACCUUUAUACCAGCUUAUGUCAGCUCACCUGGAAAGUUCACUGUGGCUGUGGAAAUAUUUGCAAUUUUAUCAUCUAGUUUUGGCUUGCUGUUCUGUAUCUUUCUUCCAAAAUGUUACAUAAUAUUAUUCCGACCUAAGGAAAAUACAAAAAAACAUAUAAUGAGUAAAACAAAUGUGAAAUCUCAGUGAUACACAAUUUUAUACCCAAAAUAGUUUUGUAGGGUAUUGGACCAGAGAGCCAUAAAUAUGUGAAAUAAUAAUUUCAUGUCAUAACAUAUAAGGUUCCCAAGAUAUGUAAAUGGAAGAAAUGAUUUUCAUAAACCACGGUUCACUUGAUGGCAGUCCUCUAGAACUACCAUUUUUGAACUACCAUUAUGGCCUACACCUGGUUUAUUCUUUUGUGGCCAAUACUGUAUAUAUAAUAUACAGUGAUAUGAAAAGUUAUUGUACUCAAUACUGAUAAAAUUGUAUUUUGUUUUUAACUGCAGCUCUAUUCAUUUCUUAAGUUGGGUCCAUAAAACUAGUAAAUCAGACUACACAUGCAGCUAAAGUAA